CGGCAGUCGUGGGUUCAACACGUUAUUUAUUGCUAAAUAUUUGUAUUAAUUAUUAAAAAUGUACACCGCGCACCUGUUCUUCCCAGCUUUUGCUAUUUUGGUGUCGACAGUUGCCUCUGAGGAUUCUAUUUUAAUCAAAAGCAACGGAGAAUCAAUGUCCAUGCCUACAGAUGAGUUAUGCACAAAUGCUGGGUUUGUCAAGGACCCGAAGCCAAACACACCAAAACUCGCUGACCCCACAACCACGUUCAAACCGAACCACACCACCAAAACCUCACCUACCCACGCCCCCGAACAUGAAGCCUCUACAGGCAACGGGAUGUCGACAACAGACAUCGUGCUGACAGUACUUGGCGUCACCGCUGGCGUCCUCCUCCUGGCGUUCUUAGGGAAUUACUUUUAUAAGAAACAGAAAACUCAAUAAAUAUACACUGUAAAAUA